AUGUCAAAGUUCAUAGUGGUACACGAUUUACGUGUGGUGAAUGUCCUGCUACAUUCCGCCGUCGCGAUUAUCUUACAAGACACGAUCAAACAUGUUAUCAAUCGCGUUCAACCACAAGAACAACGUGAAUUUAAUGAAAUUGAAAUAGCUCCACAAAUUAUUGUACCAGACAUUCAAGACGGACCGUCUAACGACAGUUCAGAAGAAACAUGGUUUGACGAUGGUUAUAACGAAUUGAUUAAUCUUGUUGGGGAUGGUAUCGAGUCUGCUAAUUUAUGUGAGAAUACAGGUCUCUCAAACUAUGUUACGAACGAAAACACGACAUAUAAUAGACGGAAUAAAAGGGCACGGCUAGAUUUGGUUGGAAAAGCUGUUGAAUUUGUUAAUGUGGGAUCAUCUUUUAAUAACUAUAUAACAUGGUAUUAUAAGAAAAACACUAACAAUAUUAUCAAUCAUUCAGUAUUUCUCGAUUCAAUAAAAUCCGAAUUGUUAGAAUUAUUAAAAUCAUUAUCCCUGCCUAUCAAAUUCAAUCUUAAAUUGGAAGCUGUAUAUAAUAAACCUAAUAUUGAAAAUUCAUCCGUGAAUAGGGCUUUUAAGACCUCGGCGAGGGCGAUUUUUAAUAAUACUAAUGUGGAGGAAAGUGUCGAUGAUAUGUUUAUCACAAUUUUAACUGAGGAGGAAGCUUAUCAAGGGAAAGGCAGCGGGUUCACUCUGCAAUUGAUAGAUGGAUUAUUACUAGGCGUAUAUAAAUAUACUCUAUUAGGUGCGAGCUCUUUUAUUGACUUACCCAAAGAUAUUCAGAAUAAAAAAGCAGUUAUUAAUCCUCAAAAUUCAGAUAAUCAAUGCUUCAAGUGGGCUAUACUAGCUAAGCAUGUUACAGACGAAAAUAAACAACGAGUCGGUCAAAACUAUUUUAAUCACGAACAAAAAUACAUAUUCAUUGGAAUAUCAUAUCCCACUCCAAUAAACGAAAUUAAAAUAUUUGAAAAAAAUAAUAAUGUUUCAAUAAACAUAUACGGUCUUAAAAAAUCUAAAAAAGAUCAACAUUUGGUUUUUCCACUACGUGUUGUUGAACAAAAACUAAAUCAUUUCGAUUUAUUGUUAUUAAAAGAUGAAGAUAGGUCGCACUAUACUUAUAUUACAAACUUUUCCCGGCUUGCUCGUGCACAAAAAACUCUGCACAAGGAAAGUGUAAUAUUUUGUAAAAAGUGUUUUUCAUCUUUUGACAGCACAAAAAAUAAAUUUAAUGACCAUAUCCGAAUUUGUGGUGAUCAUAAACCCAUACUUCCAAUUAUGCCAGCAGAGGGGGCUUCACUAGAAUUUGAUGCGUGGAGUAAGACCCAACGUUUGCCAUUUGUAAUAUUUGCAGAUUUUGAAGCCCUCCUUUUAAAAAUUAAUAAAAAAUGUGGUAAGAAAACAACGGCGAUCCAUUCGCAUAAACCAAUGAGCUAUGGCUUUAUGGUUAAAGCUGCAGCAGAUGUUCCACUCGAAUUACUCGAAAAGUUUAUUAUUCCACAGACUCCAAUCAUUUAUCGAGGAUCUGAGAACUCAGAUAACGUUGCAAAACACUUUGUGCAAGCUAUUGUGGAGGUUGCACAAAGAUUAUAUAGAUUAUUGAAAACAACCAAUAUACCGAUAAACAUGAGUUAUGAUGAACGUCGAAAACAUAUAUCUACGACCAAGUGUGAUUUAUGUAAAAUCAACUUCACUUUUUCGAAUAACAAGGUUGCACAUCACGAUCAUUUAUCGGGAAAAUUUUUAAAAAGUUUAUACAACACAUGCAAUUUGAAAUUAAAGACCCAAAUAUUUGUUCCGUGUUUCUUACAUAAUUUAUCAAAAUACGAUGCUCAUUUUAUAGUAACAGAGCUAGGAUAUGACUCGCAUAAAAUAAAUGUCAUUCCUCAUAGUGAAGAAAAUCUCAUUUCUUUCUCGAAAUAUAUUAGUAACGAUUUUACAAUUAGAUUUAUAGACACUUAUAGAUUCUUGGCAUCCAAAUUGUCUACACUUGCGACAAAUCUCAAAACACCAGAUCAUUCAAAAUUCCGUGAAACCGCUAAAGUCUUUUGUCCAAUCGAUAUGCCUCUCGUGACUCGUAAAGGUGUUUACCCUUACGAGUAUACUAGCAGUUGGUCGAAACUUGACGAGACCACCUUACCACCAAAAACUGAAUUUUAUAGCUCAUUAACGGAGACUUCUAUCGAAGAGGAUGAAUACGAGCAUGCUAUCAAAGUCUGGAACCAUUUCAAUUGUCGCUCACUCGGAGAGUAUAGCGAUCUUUAUCUCAAGAUCGACAUACUUUUACUUGCAGAUGUCUUUGAAAAUUUUAGAGAUAUUUGUAUUUCUACAUACAAAUUAGAUCCAGCUCAUUAUUUUACAGCUCCAGGUUUCAGCUUUGAUUGCAUGCUAAAAUAUACAUCGAUAAAACUAGAUCUAUUAUCAGACUAUGAUAUGCUACUAUUGAUUGAAAAAGGCAUACGAGGUGGACUGACACAAGCUAGUAUGAGAUAUGGCAAGGCAAAUAAUCACCGAACACCUCAUCAUGACGAAUCUAAAUCUAACACAUGGAUAGUUUAUCAGGAUUGUGAGUAA